AUGUCCGAUACUUCACAACACGAAGUGGGGCGGAAACGCGUGUGCAAAGCAUGUGAUCGUUGUCGCCUGAAGAAGUCCAAGUGCGACGGUCACGACCCAUGUUUGCGUUGUCAGGCCGAUAAUGCUGUCUGUAUAUUUGGACAACGAAAAAAGGUCCAUGAGAAAUCAUAUCCCAAAGGGUAUGCAGAGAUGUUAGAACAGCAACAGGGUUGGCUCGUAAAUGCCCUACAAGAACUCUAUCACCGGGCUGUUCAUGGACAGGGAUGGCCCGGAGAACCUCUAAAUCUUGAGCCUAAUGGCUUUCCUCUUACCCAAGAUAUGCUUGUGCGCCUCGGGGCUCUGAAUAAUGGGGCUAGGAUGCCUGAGAGACAAGGCAAUACUGAAUUACAUCAGGAGCCAGAAAACAGCUUCAGACAGACUCCUUUAGGCACUCCAUCCAUUGGAUCAUGCGUCCGCUCUGCUCAACAGGCAAUGCCUCUCACACCAACAACAUCAAGCGAAAGCCCCUCAGAUAUCAAAAUUUACCCUCCCGAGGCCAUGCUAAGAAAUUCUCAUUUUGAGCCGCAAAGAGGAGGUAUCUCUGAGCCAUGGGGAUUUCUGGAUCCACAACAGUGGGAUGAAGACUUCGGAUUGUUUGAUGAUAUGGAAAUGAUGAUAGCAGCCAAAGAUUCGAAUUUCGUCUUUGAUGAUGCAUCAUUCUACGAAAACCUGGAUCUGUUCACAGACCAGAAUGCCGCAGGCAUCAAUUUGAUCUAA